AUCGUUCCGAUACGCAUCAGAGCGCGCGAGUGGAAAAAAAACAAAAAAACAAACAUGGCCGAAAAGGUUUCCGACAGUCCGGUACGGGCUGCGAAUCCUCCACCUAAACGAAGACGCAUCCUCGACUCGUCAGCCAUUGUCCCUGUCCCAGUCUACUCCAACAAGGUCAACAGCAGCCUGCAGCUGAAACCAUCAGCAGCUCUCUUCGCCAAAAAGGACAACACAGACGAGGAUGCGGACGACUCUCUGUGGUCAGCGUUUUCAUCCGGAGGAAGGACGGCACCGGUCGUCAGCUUCAGCGACUCCGAGGACGAAGUAGAACUUAUUCAGAAAACAACGGAGCGCACAGAGAGGCGACAAGAAGCCGUCCACUGCCCGUCUCCUCCUCCACCAAUAGAGAGUCCGGUCCACAAGAACUCCAGAAAGGUCACGCAGAAGAUAAAUGAGAUCGACAAGAGGCUUCAAGAGGUGAACUCCCUCCUGUCUCCAGAACUUCAGGGUGGGAGGGGGCGGUCCAGACGGCGUCGAGGCGCCCUGGCUCCCCCUCCCAUCGAGGUGGAGCCUGACUGUAACGACGAGGACGACGACGACGACGAUGUCAUCAUCAUGAGCCCUUCAGGUUACAGCCCGUUUGUGCGGGAGAUUCCUCUCAAGAUCCGCUGCCGUACAGAUGUGCACAAGAUCCCGGUGCUGUGUUCAACACUUCUUAGUGACGUAGCUACGCGACUGUCCUCCAUCCUGAACGUCCCUCCUUCUCGCCUCCUGCUGAUGAGGGAGGAAGUGGAGCUGCAGACGGACUCCACCGUCAGCGAGCUCGGCCUCGGCAUCGCCGACAUCAUAGACUGUGUCGUCAUGGCGGAGGAAAACCUCAAAGCUGCCGACGACGGCAGCAUCAUCACCGUGAGGCUGCAGAGCAAAGACAAAGACUCGUCUCAGGAAUUCUCUCUAAACAGAGACGCCCCGCUGGGCUCUAUCUUCUCUCAGUAUCUGUGCAAGAUGUCUGCCGCCGCGCAGACAAAGGUCCGAUUCCACUUCGACGGCUCCAAAGUCGCAGCCAGUCAGACGCCGGCUCAGCUCAACAUGGAGGACGGAGAUAUCAUAGAAGUCUGGAUCUGAGUGUUAUCUUUGCCAUUGUGUGAAUAGCAUGGUUCAGUUUUUGUUACUGUAAUAAGACUUCACUUAUUACUUCAAUAAAUGUUCUUUUUUAUUGAGAA